UCUCAAACUCCCGUGAAUUUGACGUGGAAAUCCAUAAGACAAGUGUAGGUGCCUUGAGGGCUCUUACUGACCGGCUAUUAUUUUAAUCUGAUCAAAAUCGGUUAACGUCGAAACGACCAACUCCGGGGACCCUUCUAAGUGUUUCGUUACCAGAUACAAAGAUGGGCACUGAAGCGAUAUUAACUGCCAUAUACGAGCACGGGAUUCAUCAACGGUGUCCUUCGGCCCCAUGCAUCUGGAUAUCUCAACUGUCUGGCCUGAUUGGAAAGCUCUAUUACUAUCUCGUUGCUCUCCUUGGUAUCGCAUCGACUUUCUCGGAUGGCCCCAUUCUGAUGAAUGAACCCGGAAAUGAUGUUCGUCUCGCUGUAUCACCGCGUUGCGGCCUUCUUCCUGGGGUUGUAUCCGACGUCAACACCGGCAUUAAUAUCGGUGCAAUUAAGACGAUUAUUUCAUUCGGCGAUUCCUACACUGAUGGCGGAAACGACGACGCUGGCGGACGAUCGGCAAACGGACCAGUGUGGAUUGAAGGACUCGCUGACAACAGUGGAGCAGUUCUUUUGAGCUACGCGCAAUGGGGGGCGUGUAUCGACUUAUCCAUUUGGCCCAGUAACCCCCGCAAAGUUGAUUUCAUAGGACAGAUGUCAACAUUUCUCAAUCAAGAUCAUGACUUGGACCCAGAAAGCACACUUUAUAGCCUCUUUUUUGGCAUCAAGUGUUCGACUGGUGACCACUUGGAUGACGCGGCCGAAGCAUUGUUGGAACAAAUAAACAGGCUUUCAAGCCCGCCUAUCAACGGACGUUUAUUCAUGAUAUCGGAUGUCUAUGGGCAAGGAGAACAUGCUGUUCGGGGCGAACGCUUCAAACAAAUCAUUUACGACGGCUUAUAUGAUUUUCAUGUCGGCUACAAGCAUCUAGAUAUAGCCUACGUUGAUUUCGGUCGCAUAUGGGACGGUGUUCUCGGAGCAACCCCAGGAUAUGAGGCGUUCGGAUACGCAAGUACGGACCAGUGUACAGAGUGCUACGAGAACUGCGAUAAGAACGGAUGGUGCGAUGAUCCUGAUCAUCAUUUCUAUUGGAUUCCCGGGCACCCAUCCAAGGAAACGCAUCGAAUCAUGGCAGAUUAUGUUUAUGAAGUCCUCACGCUAUGUCACAUCUCUUGAUCUGGUGUACCAUGUAUUUUACUGUUGUGCGAAUACAGUGCAGUCCUACUUGAACUAGUACGUACCC